AUGAUUUCCAAAAAUGUAACAGACAACGGAUCAAAAACUGGAACCGAACAAGACGGAGGACUGGACCCAGGCCUGCUCGGCUGGGCCAUAUCGUACGCUAUAGUGUCAUUAGCAGUUAUGGUGGGCAAUUCCUUGACAAUUGCAGCGUUCAGCAUUAACAAAAAACUGGCAAGCGCCCGCACUAAUUACUUCUUGGUGAGCCUGGGAGUUGCGGAUUUUAUGGUAGGAGCAUUCUCUAUCCCGCUGUUCGUGGCAGAAAUGCUGUUUUUUGACUUUCAAGAAGAAUGGUUCCAGUUUAAAGAGAUCUAUCUGACCAUAGAUGCUUUCACGGCCUUCGCGUCCAUUUUUGCCCUCGUUGCAAUCGCGUUAGACCGAGCCUACUCAGUGUUACGCCCUCAUAAGCACAAAACUAUCACAAAAAAAACCUACUUGUGCGAAAUCGCUUUGGUUUGGUUUGUUGCCGCCGGCAUGGCGAGUCUCCGUGUUAUAAGCAAUUUCACUAGCAAAACGGUGUUGAAAGAUGCAUUUAACUACUCCAUGAUGGUCUGUAUAUUCACCUCGCUGCUUCUCAUCAGUCUUGCCUACGUCAUGAUUUGGCUGAAGAUUAGGAAGCCUGUGAACAUCCACCACAGGAAUACCACAGUGCAGGAGAAGAAACUUGCCGUGACACUUUCGAUUAUUACUCUUGUGUUCGUUCUGACCUGGGUUCCCUUCUACAUCAUGAACCUCAUCAUCAUGUUUUGCCACUCUUGUUACGUUCUCCAUCUGAUUUACUUUGCCAAGUUCUUACAAUACAGUAAUUCGUUCGCGAAUUUCGUCAUUUAUGCCCUCAAGAUUCGUGAAUUUCGGAAAACUGUUCUAAAGAUCUUGUGUAGUGACACAAGAAAAAUCUCACUGAAUCCCAAGAAAAGAAAGGAAUCAAAAGACUGCGAAACGAUCUCCAUUAGAGACAUCCAAAUACGACUGAGCCCUUCUCGGCUCGCACCGCAGAAUAGAAGAACGCUACCAAACAAGUUAGCAUGUAGAGUGCGAGUUGCUGAUUCGGCACUUUGA